AUGUUCAAAAUCCAUCUUCAGCUCAUCUGCCGCACCACGGAUGAAAUGCGCUCUGUCCGUGCUCAACUGGAGAAUGCUUGUCCGGAUUCCCUAAAACUUGCCGAUAUUUUGAAUCGAAAUACCGAUGCAACAUCAAAUCCGGAACUAGUCAAACCGUCUUCUCCACCAAUCAUGGAUCGUUUGCAGCGUUUGGUUCAAGAUGAUGUGACAUCCGCAGAGGAUGAGCAAGUGAAGUUUACAGGUUCUCCUUUGGUUAACGGUUUAACACACAUUACUCCGACCCCGUCACCAAACCAAAUAUCCCGCGGUCCCGACGGUUUAAACGAUCAUGCGCAGACUUCAUCCCCGAUCGAACUAAAACCAGAACCGGACCACACAGAAAAUUUGGAGGAUGCACCCUCACCAGAAGAGUAUGCUCUUUCUCUCAUUUGA